AUGCUGCUGUUCUUGAUUGUGGGGCUGCUGGUCCAUCUUGUGUUCUUCGCCUCCAUCUUUGACAUUUACUUCACGUCUCCUUUGGUCCAUGGGAUGACCCCUCAGCUUACCCCGCUGCCUCCUCCAGCUAAAAGACUGGUGUUGUUUGUUGCUGAUGGCCUGCGAGCAGAUGCACUUUAUAAACUCGAUGAAGAUGGACGUUCUCAUGCCCCCUUUAUCAGGAAUAUCAUAAUGCAUGAAGGCAGCUGGGGGAUCUCUCACACCCGUGUGCCAACAGAGUCUAGGCCCGGGCACGUGGCCCUGAUCGCGGGAUUUUAUGAAGACGUCAGUGCUGUUGCCAAAGGAUGGAAGGAAAAUCCUGUAGAAUUUGAUUCUCUUUUUAAUGAAAGCAAGUACACGUGGAGCUGGGGAAGCCCUGAUAUCUUACAUAUGUUUAUCAAAGGUGCUAGUGGAGACCAUGUUUACACCCACACUUACGGUGCUGAAAAUGAGGAUUUUGGUGCCCAUGAUGCAGCAAAACUGGAUACCUGGGUCUUUGAUAAUGUUAAGGAAUUUUUUCAUGGUGCCAGAAACAAUCAAUCUUUAUUUUUGAAAUUAAAUGAAGAGAAAAUAGUGUUUUUCUUACAUUUAUUAGGAAUAGAUACAAAUGGACACGCUCAUCGACCAUACUCCAGAGAAUACAAAGACAAUAUUAAAACAGUGGACAGUGGUGUGGAAGAAAUCGUGUCUAUAUUUAAACAGUUUUACGGAAAUGAUGGCAAGACCACAUUUAUCCUGACCUCUGAUCAUGGAAUGACAGACUGGGGGUCCCAUGGGGCUGGCCAUCCUUCAGAGACUCUGACCCCUUUAGUCACUUGGGGAGCUGGAAUCAGGUCACCCCAAAAAGUGUCAGCUCAGCAAUAUGAUGAUGCAUUUUUGAAAGAAUGGAAAUUGGAAAACUGGCAGAGGCUUGAUGUCAAUCAGGCUGACAUCGCACCGUUGAUGGCAUCUUUGAUCGGAGUUCCUUUCCCCCUUAACUCAGUGGGGACCCUGCCUGUGGAUUACCUUAACACUUCUGAUCUCUUCAAAGCAGAGAGCAUGUUUACAAAUGCGGUCCAGAUUCUUGAACAAUUCAAGGUGAAAAUGACUCAGAAAAAAGAAGUUACAUUGUCAUUUUUUUUUACUCCUUUUAAGUUACUUUCUGAUUCUAAACAACUCAGCCUUUUAAGAAAAGCAAGAUCUUACAUAACAGAGAGGAAGUAUGAUGAGGCAGUCUCUCUUUGCAAGGAGCUGAUUGGUCUUGCUUUGGAAGGAUUGUCCUAUUACCACACUUACGACAGAUUCUUCUUGGGUGUCAACGUUGUUGUGGGUUUUGUGGGAUGGACAGCUUAUGUUUCUUUGCUGAUCGUCAAGUCUCACUCGGACUUCACAAGAAGUGUUAGAAAAGAAGUUAAGAAGCCAGACCAUCUCCUGCCAUGUAGCUUUGUAGCUAUUGGCCUUUCAUUGGCGUCUUUCCUGCUGAUUCAGUCCUCUCCCUGGACGUACUACGUCUAUUGUUUGUUGCCGGUGCCCAUAUGGUAUGCGGUUCUGCGAGAAUCUCACAUUAUCCGAGGCCUUGUCACGUCACUGCGGGCCUUCCCUCUGCGGCAUUCUGUUGGUGCUCUGUGCGUCUUUACCUUGGGAAUUGAAGUGUUGGUGCUCAGUUUCUUCUACCGCUAUAUGCUUACAGCUGGACUCAUCGCAUUUGCUGGCUGGCCUUUUGUCACUCAGCUGUGGACUCGAGCCAAGGUCACCUCACUGAAUUGGACCUUCUUCUCUCUGCUUGUGGCUGUGUUUCCACUGAUGCCUGUUGUCGGACGAAAACCAGAUAUCUCCCUAGUAAUGUGUGCAGGCUUGCUGGUUCUUCUGCUGUCCCUGUUUGCCGUAAUAUCUCUCAUUAGGCGUAGAGAUAAUAUUUUAAGUGAAGAGCUACUGGUACCUUUAUUGCAGAUGCUGAGCACGGUGCUCUCCAUGCUGGUCGUGUCCAGCACCCAUCACAGUCUGCUCAGGAAGGAAGGACUGCCUCUCCGCAAUCAGGUCGUUAGCUGGACCGUCCUGGCCUCCUCCCUGGUGGUGCCUCUGCUGAGUCCCUCCGUCCUCCUCCAGCGACUGCUCAACAUCCUUCUGUCCCUGAUGCCCACCUACCUGCUGCUAAGCACGGGGUAUGAAGCUCUCUUUCCACUGUUGUUGUCAUGUUUGAUGUUUGUCUGGAUACAGAUGGAACAAGAAACUCUACAACAAUCUGGUGUUUCCUGUAAACAGAAGCUCACCAGUUUUGACUUCUCCUGUAACACGGAUAUAAGUCAGUUUCGGCAGCUCUAUCUGGAUGACAUCCGCAGGGCCUUUUUCCUUGUUUUCUUCCUAGUGACAGCAUUUUUUGGGACUGGAAAUAUAGCAUCUAUCAACAGCUUUGACCUUGCCUCUGUCUAUUGCUUUCUGACCGUGUUCAGCCCUUUUAUGAUGGGAGCCCUGAUGAUGUGGAAGAUUUUAAUCCCCUUUGUCCUUGUGAUGUGUGCUUUUGAAGCAGUUCAGUUAACUACCCAGUUGCCAUCCAGAAGCCUUUUUCUCCUUGUUCUCGUUAUUUCAGACAUUAUGGCUCUGCAUUUUUUCUUCCUGGUCAAGGACUAUGGCAGCUGGCUUGACAUCGGGACAAGCAUCAGCCACUACGUGAUCGUCAUGUGCAUAACCGUAUUCCUGGUGUUCCUCAACGGCCUGGCCCAGCUGCUCACGACCAAGGAACUCAGACUCUUCGGCAAAUCCAAAAGCCAUCUGCUGUGA